UUUCGGCGAUCCAAGAUGUCAGCGUUCACAAGGACGCAGGUGAUUUCGAUUAUUUAUCUUAUUUUAGAGUGUACGCUCGCCAUUCAUUCUUUGUCCUCGUUUCGGACAGCAAGUUAUUCAACGAAAACUCCAUAUUUCUGGCUCAAUGAUGAAAAAGAAUUAGUUGCUGAUGAUUCUGAAACAUGGUUUGACUACGGGGAAAAGACCUGCCAAGUCAUUCAUUUAAAUGCCGUUUUACGUCACGGUGCCAGGUAUCCGAGUCUCAAGUGGAUCAAACGAAUGUCAGCACUGCAUGAGAAAUUAAUUCUAAAUGGAGUUGAUGAACGAUUUUCAUUUUUGAAAUCCUGGAAGAAUCCUUUUCCUGAGGAGAGUGAUAAAAUCAUAGCAGAGCUUGGACAAUAUGAACAGGAAUUGCUUGGAGAGAGAUUCGCCCGUAGAUUUAAUUUGCUUUUUGAUGAAGACAUGGACACUCUACGUGUCAUGACUUCCAGUAAACAGAGAAGCUAUGCCAGCAGUUUGGCAUUUUUUUCAGGUCUUUCACAAACAGUUCUUGGAGAAGCAGAUAAGGAAAUGGAACCAACAAUCAAUGAUAUUGCAAUGCGUUUUCAUGAUAAUUGUGUUCAUUUUAGUGAAACUGUAGAUGAUAAUAAAACAGCUACAAGUGAAUACUCAAAAUUCAAGUAUGGACCAGAGGUGGCUGUGUGUACAAAGAAACUGAGUAAAGUUCUAGGUUUACCUAAUGAGGAGGAUGUGACACCAGAUGACCUGAACACGAUCCACCAGUUGUGUGCCUUUGAGGAAGCCCUUACAGAGACAGGAUCACAGUGGUGUCAGUUUCUGGACCAGGAAAAUCUUGAGGUCAUUCAGUACAUGAAUGACCUUAAGCAAUACUGGAAAAAGAUGUAUGGCCAUGAUAUUUCCUCCGCCAUGAGUUGUCCCCUCGUAAGCAGCAUUUUCACCACGAUGGACAAAGUCAUCCAGGCUAAUGAUGCUGAUGAUGAUUAUGAGUCUGCAGUGUUUGGCUUUGGGCAUGCAGAAACAUUGGCGCCAUUGUAUGCGGCACUCGGUCUUUUCAAAGAUGACCCGCAGCUGAAGGCAGACAAUUUCCAAAUCCACAGGAACAGGAAGUUCCGAGCCAGUCGAGUGCUGCCGUUCUCGGGUAAUUUUGCAGUAGCCUUGUUUCAGUGUGACUCAGCAGACGACACGAAAGUUACCAAUGAUGACUCAGAAUAUGUGGUCAAGUUUUACGUGAAUGAGAAACCAGUGGACAUUCCGGCAUGUGGGGAAAAAGCGUGUCAGUAUGACCUUGUCAGGGAUUUCUACAAAGGUCAAGUGGACCACUGCGAGUUCCACAAGAUGUGUAGAAAUCCAGAACCAGAGAAAGACAGUCCAAAACAUGAGGAACUCUAACAGAAGACUAGCAGAGAAUUGUGGACAUUAAUCAUUGAAAAUAAACAACGGACCAAUGUCUUCUCACAAACAUCGGUAGUACUCAUUAGUCAUUACUGCCACCUGUAUAAAAAACAGCAUGACUUAUGGGAUGUACAUCCUUCUUAGAACAGCAUUAAUAAUUAUUAACACACAAUUUAGAAAUGUUUACUUGGUGCUCUAUCUGUGAAAUUAUUUAAAUCUGUUGAGGGUAAAUUUUCGUGGAUUGCCAUGAUUGACAUUUUUGUUGAAAUUAAUGUUUUGGGUAUAUUUUCUCCAACAUUGAAACAUUGUGUAAAUUAUGUAUUAUAUUGCAGUUAUACAUUCACAAAAGUGAUCCCCCACAAAAUAGAAUGAUUGCACACAAAUUAGGGUUAUUGAAAGUUUUACAAUUCUAGUUUAGAAAUAUAUAUAUUUUUUAUAGUUACUAUAGUGUAAACUUAUUUGAGUUUUCUUUAAAUACUGUAAAUUUUCUAGGUUGAGGACUAUUUGGUGCAAUCGUGAAUUAGCACUACAAGUGUUGUGCUAUGUUAAUACUGCAAUUUUUAUGUUGAUCAUUAAUUUGUACACCUUUGACUGCACUAGGGGAAUCAGAACAGAGAUCCCACUGAUGUCAGUGUACAAUGAAAUAUCUUGUUGAGAUUCAGCAAGGUUUUAGUAUUUAGACCCUUUGCAAGCUGAAUGCCCUUAAUAUUGAAGUUUAUAAGGGUGUCGAUACAGUGGGUACAAAGUCCAGUUUCAUAUAAGAUUUCAUGAUGAAGAUAAACAAAAUUGGACCAGGGAUUUUGUCAACUUCUUUUCAAUUAUUUUGAAUUUUAUUUCUACAUUGUAUUUAUGUUACACCAAAAGUAAGUUGCAUUUAAUGAUUACUGAUAGUGUAGAAAAGAUGACAAAAGCAAAAUGUUAAAUUCCUAGCAAAAAAGACACUCAUCAUAUCCAACUAUGUUUUAAAAUGUCAUAAUGAAAAACACGACAUCAUUUUUUUUCCUUCUUGUAAAGAAAGAUGCCAUGAUUACCAAUCACGAGUUGGUUGUCAUCUUUGGUUGACUUUAAUAUCUUAACGACAAUCAACAUUACUCUAAUGUAUUGAGGGAUUGCUCUCUAUAGUUCAUACUGCAGCACUAAAUUACUUAGAGCCCUUUUUGCUUGGAACAGCUCAUUUGAUAGUUGUCAGACUUGCAUUACUAAUACACUACAGUCUUACACUAGACAUACACUACAGUCUUACACUAGACAUACACUACAGCCUUACACUAGACAUACACUACAGCCUUACACUAUAGACUUACACUAGUCUUACACUAGACAUAUACUACAGUCUUACACUAUAGACUUACACUAGACAUACACUACAGUCUUACACUAGACAUCACAUACACUACAUCCUUACACUAGACAUACACUACAACCUUAUACUAGAGAUACACUACAGUCUUACACUAGACAUACACUACAGACUUACACUAGACAUACACUACAGUCUUACACUAGACAUACACUACAGUCUUACACUACAGUCUUACACUAGACAUCACAUACACUACAUCCUUACACUAGACAUACACUACAGUCUUACACUAGACAUACACUACAGCCUUACACUAGACAUACACUACAGUCUUACACUAGACAUACACUACAGUCUUACACUAGACAUACACUACAGUCUUACACUAGACAUUCACUACAGUCUUACACUAGACAUUCACUACAGUCUUACACUAGACAUACACUACAGUCUUACACUAGACAUACACUACAGUCUUACACUAGACAUUCACUACAGUCUUACACUAGACAUAUACUACAGCCUUACACUGGACAUACAUUACAGCCUUACACUAGACAUACACUACAGUCUUACACUAUAGACUUACACUAGACAUACACUACAGACUUACACUAGACAUACACUACAGUCUUACACUAGACAUACACUACAGUCUUACACUAGACAUACACUACAGUCUUACACUAGACAUACACUACAGUCUUACACUAGAUAUACAUUACAGCCUUACACUAUAGAUUUACACUAGACAUACACUACAGUCUUACACUAGACAUCAUAUAUGCUACAUCCUUACACUAGACAUACACUACAGCCUUACACUAGACAUACACUACAGACUUAUACUAGACAUCACAUACACUACAUCCUUACACUAGACAUACACUACAGCCUUACACUAGACAUACACUACAGACUUACACUAGACAUACACCACAGUCUUACACUAGACAUCACAUACACUACAUCCUUACACUAGACAUACACUACAGCCUUACACUAGACAUACACUAUAGACUUACACUAGACGUCACAUACACUACAGCCUUACACUAGACAUACACUACAGCCUUACACUAGACAUACACUACAGACUUACACUAGACAUCACAUACGCUACAUCCUUACACUAAACAUACACUACAGCCUUACACUAGACAUACACUACAGUCUUACACUAGACAUACACUAUAGACAGUGCUCCCACUGGACCAGAAUUCCCUUUCGCCACUUUUUCGGGGAGUGGCGCGGCACAAAUAAUCACAUGCUUUACAAUUAUUCCCAUCAUAUUAUAUAUUAUUUUAUUCAUUACACUUAUUUUAGCAUUUUGAAUCAGUUACAUUACUUAAUCAUAUCCAGCUACCAUACUUAAACACUUCUUUCUGAAAUAAUAAGAAGUUGAUUUGUUUGAUAAAUUCUAUUAUGGAAAUCAAAAUUCAGAUAAUAAAUCAUAUAAAUAUAAACUUCAUGAUGUUACACCCCUCAGUGAAAACAUUGUGUACAUUGGCCGAAAUGCAGAUGUCACAAAACAUCAAGCCCAAUUUAGAGUCGUAUCUCAACCAUUCCCUAUUAAAUUUCCGUUUUUGUAUGGAAGAUUUUGCAAUUUGGAGAGAAUCAGAUGUUUGAGCAGGUGGGGUUGACUGUAAAGCCAAACAUAGAUAUUUUUUAAUUUUAGACUGACUAAGGUCAGAAGCUACAAGUUUAGUGUCAAAAUAGAAUGGGGUGUGUAGUCUUAUGAGAUUAGCAUUUUUAUACUUUUUCGCACCGAACUUCAAAGAAAAUUAUUUAUUAAAAUUGCUAUGUCCAUAUCAAUGGUGACCGAAUGCAUUGUUUAUGAAAUAUUCGAACUAAAAUCAAACACAUCAAAAUCAAAAUCUUGUAAUCAACAAGUUUGGCCGCAAAAAUAAACAAUUGAUGUAUUCAUAUAUACAUUAUACACAAUAAUACGGCCAAUUGAAUUACCGGUCGGUUCUCUGGUUAAGAAUUGACAUUAAUGUGGAGAUGAUAACACGAUAAUGAAUAAGACUUUAAAUGUUAAACAAUUGACCACAGCAUGGUAAACAGCUGUCCGAUGUACUUUAUUACAUAAUCACCGACUUUUUUGCAGCCAUAAAUUACCUGAGGCUGUGACCAGCUCUGUGUGCACUGGAGCGACGCGAGAUUUCCGGUCGCACGUGUUGACUGAAUAAACAGAUUUUGACUGCAUAAACAAACAGGCGAUAAUGUGUCACUGACAAAGGAUUAGAAAUACAAUUUAUUGCAAAAAGGGAUUUUCGCCACUUUCAAUUUUUUUUCGCCAUUUUUGAAAAAAAUUCGCCAUUGGCGAAAAUGGCGAAGCCCAGCUCGAGCACUGACUACAGACUUACACUAGACACACACUACAGACUUACAAUACAUACACUACAGUCUUACACUAGACAUACACUAGAUAUACACUACAGGCUUAAUUACACUAGACAUACACUACAGACUUACAC